AGGAAGAAAAAAGAAGCAGUAGAAGAAGAAAGUUGUGCAGCUUUAUCAUCACAGAAGAAAACAGGCUGAUUUUAUAGAGCUUCUGCUGACGUCACAGGUUCGGGUGUCUCGUGUAGGAUGCUCCGGGAGUCGUAUCCCUUCGUGGAGGACAGUUUCAGUCGUUUCCCGUCGCAGAGCAACAUCUACGGACUGUGUCAGGCCGGGGAGCAGGAGCUGUUAGCGGCCACUCUCAAAGGGAAGGUGGUCUGUUUCCGGUACCAGGAGCUGCAGCAGAAAGUCCGACCGGUGGCCAAGGAGGUUCAGUUCACUUACAUUCCAGUUGAUGCAGAAAUUGUUUCUAUUGAUGCAUUCAACAAGUCAUCACCCAGAAGAGGCCUGGUGGUGGGCAUCACCUUCAUAAAGGACUCUGGGGACAAAGCUACGCCCUUCCUGAAUAUUUACUGUGACUAUGAACCCGGCUCUGAGUUCAACCUGGAGUCCAUUGCUCAAAGCUGCCUGAAUCUGGAGCUGCAGUUUACUCCAUUUCAACUUUACCACACAGAAGUGCAGUGUGCUGACGGAGGCAGCGACACGGUGUUUCUGCUCAGUGGUCAUGACCAGAGGAUCCACCUGUACAAGGAGAACGUCUCUCUGCACCAGUUUGAGGAGCAGCCAGUGGAAAGGCUGUUCCCUGAACUCCAACAGCUGCCCAGCAAUGUGUUGUGGUUGGAUAUGUUGGGUGUGGCUGCGGGACGGCGACUCUCGGCGUUCGGCUGUCAGAAUGGCUGCGUUGGACUGGCUCUGGUCGACCAGAACGGACCAGAGGUUCUGCAGAGCUGGCGAGUCCAGUUUGACAGUCCAAUCUCCAGAGUGCUGCUGUUCCCAAUGAGCUGCCAAAUGAAGUCCAGUGAGCCCAGUUGUGAAAAAAGUGAGGAGAUGGAGGUCUACAACCUCCUGAUAACCAGCACCAUAGAGAUGGCCAUUGUCUACAGAGACCUGCAGAAGCAUGGUUUGUCCUGCUCAUCGUGUCUCUCGGGGAGUGAUCAGUGGGAUGCGGUCCUCUGUGCUCUGGUCAUUGACCUGGACUUUGAUGGGCAGAAGGAGGUUCUGUUGGGGACAUAUGGACAGGAGCUUCUGUGUUACAAGUUCCAGCCUGCAGGCAGUGAACAGGAAGGAGUGUUUCAGCUGCAGUGGAGGCGAAGCUUCAAGAGUCCUCUGCUGUCCAUCAUCUACUUGGACCUGACUGGAGACGGUCUCAGAGAGCUGGCUGUCCUCACGCUGAAAGGGCUGCACAUCCUACAGCAUAGUCUCGCCUACACUGCUGACUUGGUCCUGGAGCGGCUCACCCAGAAGGUGUCAGCGCUGACCUCCAGCUCUGAGCUACAGCCAGCUGAGGCUGCAAACACUCAGGAAGCUGAUGCUCCAGUUCCGAUCCAGGAGGAAAACACUUCAUGUUGACAAACAUGCAGCAUUUCAUUUAGUCCCAGUCUGCUGUUCUGAUUGAAUGUGCAGAAUACCUCAGAGAGCCACUUUUCUCCUGAUCAUUUAAGCGAUUGGAUGGCCUCCACUAAAGGGAAAGUCCAACAUCACAUCCAUCCUUCACCAGACAAACCCUGCAUCGACUCCAGGAGCUGCACGCUGUCCGUGCAUGUUGUUUAGGUUAAGAAGACUGAAGUGUUUUUACACAAAAAUAAAAAUUUGGAUGAAAACAUGA